UUGAGUGAGUGACACGAACCUGGAUGUGUGUUUUCUAUCAUCUGAAAUGUGUUUCUGUGUGUGACUGUUGUUGCUGUACAGCAGAGACGAUGAAGAUCCUGUUAAACUCCACUCAGGUGUCUUAUUUCACCCUAGGAGGCUACAGUGAUACAGGAAUCCUAAAAUACCUGUAUUUUAUGUUGGUCUUUAUUUUUUAUGUUUCCAUCAUUGUCUCCAACGUGCUGUUGAUUGUUGUCAUCUGUAUGAACAGGAGUCUACAUGAACCUAUGUACCUGUUUCUGUGCAGCCUGUUUGUUGGUGAACUGUAUGGAGCCACAUCUUUGUUUCCACUCUUACUUAUCCAGAUUCUUGCUGAUGUCAACACUGUCUCUGCAUCCUACUGCCUGCUGCAGGUUUUCUGCCUCUACUCCUACGGCGGUGUGGAGUUCUUUACCUUGGCUAUGAUGUCUUACGACCGUUACCUGGCCAUCUGUCACCCUUUGCAGUACAACACACGCAUGACGUCCUCUAAGACCCUCGGUCUAAUUGCCCUAUGCUGGAUUUAUCCAUUCCUGAACAACAUCCUCAUUGUGUACGGUCUGACUGCUCCUCUGCAGCUCUGCAGCAAUGUCAUUAACAAAAUUUACUGCGACAACUUCUACAUCGUCAGAUUAGCCUGCUCCGACACCACCGUCAACAACAUCUUUGGCCUGACUCACAUGUUCACCGUCAUCUUCAGCCUCAUCCUGCUGGUCCUUUACACCUACAUGCGGAUUCUGAAGGUCUGUUUGUCUGGAUCCAAACACGCCAGGCAAAAGGCCUUAAACACUUGCCUUCCUCAUCUGGCCUCGUUGUUCAACUUCUCCUGUGGAGCCUUCUUUGAGAUCGUUCAGAGCAGGUUUGACCUGAGUCAUUUACCCACCACUGCAAGGAUCAUUCUGUCAAUAUACUGGCUCACGUGUCAGCCCCUCAUCAACCCUAUGGUCUAUGGUCUCCAACUGUCCAAGAUACGUAUCAUUUACAAAAACCUGCUGUUUGGCACAAAAAUGUGAAGGUUUGGGGUUUUAAUCUGUUCUAUUCACUGAUAAAGGGCAAAAAAAAACAAUCCUUUGAGGCAGGG